AGCACACUGUUGAACACAUUUCAAACGCCUCCUUGCCCUUCUUAUACCCCUGUCUGUUCUAUUUCGAGGCAAACAAGCAAAUUGGAGAAGUCGUUUGACGUGUAUAUUAUGUUACACGUAUGUUAAGAGACAUGUGUAUACAGCCUUUGUCACUCUUAUAUAUGCACACUUCUAUUCAUAUGUAAAUUUAUACGCAAGUACGUACACGAACUCUCAUACACACACACACACACACACACACACACACACACACACACACACACACACACACACACACACACACCUAUAUCCACACAUGCAAACACACGUCAAUAUGCAUACAUAUAAACAUAUACACACAUAUACACUUCUACAUAAACUCUAAUUUUAUAUUCCUCUAUCCAUUCUACUUCCCUGGGCACUCACAAAACACACACACACACACACACACACACACACACAUAUAUAUAUACAUACACAAACACGCACACACAUAUAUCUAUACGUAUACAUACUGUUUUUAAAGAUAUGUACGAACGCACAACAAUACAUAAACUUACACGUCUAUAUUUCUUUAUGCCACAUACACACGCCUAUGAAUAUCUAAGUGUGUGCGUAUAAAUGCGUAUGUGUAUAAGUGUGUUUAUAUGUGUGUAUAUAUACAUAUGUAUGUGUGAGUGCAUACAUAUAUAUGUAUGUUUGUAGAUGUGUGAAUGCACACAUAUAUAUAUGCGUCGUCUGCUAGAGAAUGGCUUCCUGGCUGUGUUACUUUGUUUCUACAAUAAGAUUACCGAAUUUUUCGUGGAAAACGGAAGUACAUCGAACGUCUGUCACGCGAAAGGCAACGGGAAAUUUAGCCUCUUUUCUCUCCUAACAGCAGGAAGAGUACAACUAUAAGCCAUGAGUAUAGAACUGACCAAUGUCCAAUCAAUUCAAUCUCCUGGAAAGGAUGGAAUCAAUAAUUCUACGAUGCCCAUUCUCAAUGGCAACGAGGAAAACAACCGCGAGAAAGUUAUUGCUGAUGGCAACGGACAAAUUAAUGUCGGAUUUACAGAAAUACCCGAUUCAGAAUUGAACUUCAAACGAGACCCAAAAAGAUUGGGGCCAGAAGAUCCCGAACCCGAAGAACAAAGCUACUAUCAAAAAGCGAAGCCGUAUUUGCGUACAGGGUUUUACAUAACACUGGUUAUUCUUUAUGUGAUCUACUUCGGUUGGGCCAUGCAUUUUGGCCAAGGAGACGGGGCUUCAAUAUGUCUUCUCGUUCUCACGCUCUUUGCGGCUUUCGUUAUUAUCUUCAACUUCCUGAAUAAAAGGUUUAAACUUAACGACCAAAUCCUCGGUAAUGUUAAUGAAAAAAUGCAAACAUACACUGGAGAGAGGAUACGGACUUAUUGCCGAUGGUUUAUGAUAGCGUUGGCUCUGGCUGUGGUGAUAUGGGUUAUCGUGGAAGUGGCCAUGAAACAACCGAACAAUCUCGUAUCAUUAGCAGGUCUUGCGUUUUACGUGCUUGUUUUCUACAUAUUCUCAAUCGAGCGGAAAAAGGUCAAGUGGCACACAGUGUUCUGGGGUCUAAUGAUUCAGCUGAUCAUGGCCAUUAUAAUCAUUCGAACCCAGGCUGGCUACAAUGCGUUCGAGUUUUUAGGGGACCAGGUCUCCGAUUUCCUCACCCACAGUGAUGAGGGAGCAAAAUUCGUGUUUGGAGCAAGUUUCGAAGAUCAUCUGAUGGCGUUUAAGAUAUUCCCGACCGUAGUAUUCUUCAGUUCAAUUAUGUCGAUGCUGUAUUACCUGGGAGUUAUGCAAGCUGUCGUCUUAAUCAUAGGCCGAGCGAUAUCUUUCUGUAUGGAUACCACUCCUGCCGAAUCUAUCACAGCAGCAAGUAAUAUCUUUGUUGGAAUGACAGAGUCUCCACUACUCGUCAAACCAUUUCUAAAUGAAAUGACUGGCUCAGAACUCCAUGCUGUCAUGACCGGAGGAUUUGCCACCAUUUCCGGCUCACUACUGGGAUUCUAUGCUAACUUUGGGGCUAAACCACAGCAUCUCCUCUCCGCCUCAGUAAUGUCUGCUCCCGCUGCACUAGCUCUGUCUAAAUUACUGUAUCCAGAAACAGAAAUCUCAAAAGCUUCUGUCAAAGAUUAUUCCAAAAUUGGUAAAGGUCGCUGUAGACCACAAUUUUACACACAGGAAACUGAAACAUUGCUCACAGCUUCAACUUUUCAAGGAGAUAGUGAUGGAUCCGAGAAGAGUUUACUUGACGCUGCCUCGAGAGGUGCUUCCCAAUCAAUUAAAUUGGUCGCAAAUAUCGGUGUCAAUCUCAUAGCUUUCAUCUCCAUAUUGUCUUUUGUAAAUGCCGUCCUCGUGUGGAUGGGCGAAAGAGUCUACAUCGAAAAGUUAACAUUUGAGAAAAUUUGUUCUUACCUUCUCUACCCAGUUGCCUUUUUGAUGGGUACAGCACGAGACGAUUGUUUGCAAGUCGCUGAACUGAUUGGAACCAAAACCUUCCUUAAUGAAAUGAUCGCCUACAGUCGACUGAAAAAGUAUGUGGAUAACCGCAAAAUUUUCGAUAAUUACACAAUGUAUUAUAACAUGACAGACGAUUGGACACAGAUUGGUAGAGAUAUAUUCUUAAAUCAUACAACUACCACAUUAGUAGGAGGCUUUAUGACGCCCCGUUCUGAGGUCAUCUCUACCUAUGCCCUUUGUGGUUUUGCCAACAUUGGUUCCAUGGGUAUUGUACUGGGAGGAUUGACCAUUCUGGCGCCCCAAAAGAGAGACAUCAUUGCACAAACGGUGGUAAGGGCAAUGAUAGCCGGUAACGUCGCUUGUUUCCUUACAGCUUGUAUUGCAGGUCUGAUGAUCUACGAGUAGGGAAAACGUCUCAAGUUUCGAAAUGUUAUCCAUCAGAAAACAAACAGAACCAAGAACUCAUUUUCAGACCAUUUCAUGGGAUUUUCUAGAAAAACCAAGAAAAAGAAAGAAAAAAAAAACAGACAAAUAAAAUGAGAGUGAAAAGUGAGCGAGAAAGAAAGAGAGAGAGAAAAUAUAAUGUGUGUGUGUGUGUGUGUGUGUAUGUAUGUAUGUAUGUAUUAUGUAUGUGUGUAUAUAUGUAUGUAUGUAUAUAUAUAUGUGUGUGUGUGUGUGUAUAUAUCUAUGUAUAUAUAUAUAUAUAUAUAUAUAUAUAUAUAUAUAUAUAUAUAUAUAUAUAUAUAUAUAUCGUUAUUGAUACACACAAGUGGAAGUAUAGACGAAAUUUAGUUGAAUAACAUGCACAGAUAAUGUAUUAGAAUUAAUUAGAAUUUAAUUAGAUUUUGAAAUAUAGGUAUAAACUUGACCAGUUUCACAUUAGACUUUCAAAAAGGUAUAUGGCAGUGUGUCAUGAAUUAUGUCUUUUUCUGGCUGUUGUUAUAAAAGUUGUUAGCUUUUAAGGCGAGAGUGCGCCCCAGAACACUAUCCAUUAACGUACAAACUGAUCGCUCAACGUUUAUGUUAAGCUUAUAUGACAGACGUGCGAGAAGUUCACAUAAAUGCUUUACUCAAUUGAAAGCUAGCUCAUUUUUUCCAUAUCACAUUUGCUAUUGCUGUUAGUUUAGUGUGUAUUUUACUUAAUUUUAACAACUAGGAUGUUUGAAAUUUUUUAAUAGUUUUUAAACCUUUUAAAAUUUUAUUUGAUGCCUGACCCUAAAGGAUUCAUGUUAUUCCAUCGUUUUUGUAGUGUUGGCAUUGUUAUUUUAUGGGUAACUUAAAUAAAUCUAAUCCUUAUUCCAUUAUCAUUUUGUACACUAAGGGAUAAUACCUAUCCAAUAGAUAGAAUGAGGCAUGUCACCGCUAGACUGAAACAGCUGUAAGUCAUUGUCCCAUUUUUGGUCACUAGAUGUCCUUUUUAAUUACUGAUAUGACAUAAUAUGUCGCAUGUGUUUGUAUAUUGUUAUUAUUGUCCUCUUAGUUAACAAAUAAACAAGUAAAUUGACACAAUACAAUGUCUGCAAGUUGAUGAAUACCACCUAUUCCCCUCCAUUUUCUUAUUGCUAUAUAUACAUAUAUAUAUAUAUGUAUAGUAUAUAUAUACAGUACAUAUAUAUAUACACGCACACACAUAUAUAAGUAUAUGGAUGCCUGCAUGUAUAUAUGUGUGUGUGUGUAUGUGCAUAUGUGUGUGUGUGCAUGUGCGUGUGUACCAUAACAUUAAAAACUAAUAAAUAUAUAAAUUUUAUAUUAUAUAUCAGAAACAGACUGAAACUAUAUUUUAUUAAUCGCUGUAUUCUACAAUACCUAGACGUUCAUGUGCGUAUGCAUGUGUAUGUUUUACUUUCAGCAGCUAUUACAGAUGAAAAUUACUCUUUGAGUCAAUUAAUCUGCAUAUAUUAACUUGACAGACAAUACCAUUUAAUAUUUUUUUAAUGUACAUUUAAUUUUCUACUCAGAGUUUAAAACAUUUAAGCUUGGGGGGGGGGGCAUUUAGUUUCUCAAAGACGUUAAAAACUCAAGAUAUUCCAUAAAUGUUAUGGAAGAUGACAGUGAACAAACAUUCUGUGUAGUUGCAGUAAAACAUUCAUGUAUUUUUCUACGUAUAUCUAUGGUUGAAGUAAAGUGUUUUUCUAUGUACAAUCCUUGAGUAAUCAUUGAAAAAAAUUAAUUCAUAAUUCAAUACUUAAUGUUCUUUUUGUCUAUCCAGAGACGUUUGUUUAUUUCAUGUUUUUUUAUUUUUAUGUAAACAUAACAAGGUAGCGAUUAUAUAUGGCAAAAAACCUUCAGUUGUUGAUAAAUACAAUCGAAGUAAAAGACAAUGUGGGAGAAUAAAGAAAAGUUAGAAGAGGACGUAAAACACAUGUGGGAGCAGGUGUAAAAGGAAAAAAGAAAAACAUAUACAUCAAGUUAAGUUUACACACACACAAACACAUACACACACACACACAAACACACGUAUGCACACACACACACACACACAUACAUAUAUGCACAUAUCUUUGCUGAUAUGUAUGUUUACAUAUAGAUAUAUACAUAAGUGAAACAUUUAUAUACAGAAACAAACAUAUAUAGGUGGUGCUCCAGCAUGGCCGUAGUCAAAUGACUGAAAUAAGUAGAGUAAAAGAACGUUUGUGUGUAUGUAUGUAUGUACACAUAUACAUAAGAGUUUUAAGGAAUAAACAGGCUUUAUAACAAAUCACUACAAUUGUUUCAGUGCAUCAGUAUCAGCUCGUAAUUGCUGAAUGUCUCAAAUAUUAUACACAUUAUUAUAUUAAUAUGAUCCAAGAAUAACCGUAUACAUGCACUUCUUCAGAUGAGUAUAGCCCCAAACACUGCAAGAUUCUUUUUAGUUUCUCUUUGUUUCAUACCCACAUGGUUACACUCUUUUUAACAUUCUAUUGACAAGGAACAAUAUGGAAAUACAAAGCGAUACAAAUGAGAAAAAAUGCCAAAUAAACGCUGACUCUAAAUCCCCACAACGAACUCCAGAAUUACACUAAUACAGGACUCAAGCGUACUUUUACCCACUGGACUAACUCACCUUCUUUUAGUAACAGUUAUUUAUAUGAGAUGUAUGACCACAUUUGUGGAAGGAUAAUAAAAUAACAAACAAACAUACAAAA